GGAUUUUUGCUACCAGUUCUCCGAACCACCCGCUGCCAUUGCUACCGGAUCGGUUGAUCCAGUCCGAACCAGGAGCAUUUCACCCCUGCUCUGAAAUACCCAGUGAUAUUGGGACUGGAUCUAUUUGCCCUCUACACUGAUUGGAACUGACCUCAGAGGAAGAAGGAAAUCCUCAUGAAACUAUAUUCUCCAUUCCUAACUUCCCAAACUGAUCCAGAAGAUCAUAACUGAAAGGCCACUGAAAGAUCAAGGAAGGCCAGAAUGGAUGUAUCACUCCCAUCCUGAACUCAUUAGAGGUUAUUGAUAAAUGUGAUCUAUGUCAUCUCCAUGUUAUAACUUGGCCUGAAACCCAACUGAAAUGGGUCUAGAUUAUCAGUUUUCCCUGGGGCUUUUGGAACUGCAAGAUGAUGGCUUGCUCAAUCAUGGAAUUGUUGGUUUUCCUGAAGAAAGUACUAAGCUUAAUUCACCUCUAGUUGAUAGCAUAUUUUAGCAAUUAGUAGGAAAACUACCUUUUUCAGAUGAUACACAGAUAUUGUCAGUGUACAAUAAUAUUGAUCUAGAUGGAUCAAGUCUAACUGAAUAUCAGAUAACUUCUUACACUGAAUUGCACCAGUACUGUUUGAGUUUAUUGUAACUAUACAACAUGAGUAAAAAUUUAAAUACCAGUAAUCAAAAUCAAAUAUUACACUUCGACAUGCUGAGAGUUAGAAUUCUUAACUGAUAUUGGCUCACUUUAAUUACUUUUUUAAUUUGAUGAAAUAUGCAAAUCAGUAGUAAUAUAACUCUUAUGUUGAUGAAGGUAAACUAAUUGUCAACUAAUUUAAUCAGAGAACUUGGUAACUCUGAUUUCUAAACAAACAAAUCAGACUUAAAAAUUUCUAGUAAGCAAAAGACUUUGGGGGAAAGAACCUUUCACCUCAGCCAUACUUUUUUAUUUGUGACAUGUUGCCUACAAGUAGAUCCGAUCUCUUAAUAUUCAUCAGAUAGAUUGAAAAACAAAAGAAGAAGAUGUGGGUAGAGGCUGCCAUAAUAUUGUGUUGCUAAAAAAAAAAAGAUUACCGCAAUAUUUCCAUAAUUGCUGAGCUUUAACUUCCAAUAAAUAAUCUCAAGUUGCCAAAACAUUACCAGGACUUUAUAGACAUCUGGAUGCACAGGGCUUCACCAGAGCUUCAGUUCAUUAACUUCAGGAUCUAUUCAUCUUGUUUUUACUUAUCUGUGUUAAAAGAACUGCUUAAGCAAUGUAAUUCAUUGAUUUGGAGAAUUAUCAGAGCAUAGCUUGAAAAAGACCUUCUGCUCACAAUAUUGUUUACUAAUUACUAAUUCAUUACUAAUUUCAUAACUAAUGGAUGAAAACAGGGACCCUCAGUGUGUCUACAUCAAUAAUUCACAUUCAUAUAUUCCUUGAAACAUUACCAAAUAUCCUAAAUCCAGCCUUUGAUUUUUGUCAUCAACUUGUAAAUCUAUUUUAGCAGACAGAACACCAAGUUCAUUUUACCCAUUAUAUUUUGACACUGAUGCAAUCAUUAUUGUUGUAGAAUAAUUAUCAGCACUAUAGUUAGAACCAAAUCAUUUAAUUAUAGUCUUGUAGAAACAUUGAAAUUCAAAAAAGCAUCAACGUCAGGUAUAAGUUAGACUCACCCUUCCCAAGGAUAUGAUUUGCUCCCCAGGUAUUAGGACUUGCUUUUGUAGACUCUUAGAAGAGAUAUAUAGCAGUUUCCUCCGAGUAGGCAGAUGUCAUCUGAACUCUUCACUGGUAUAGAUGGAGACGAUCUUAAAUUCAUCGGACCCAGGAGGAAAUCUUGAAUACAUUGCCAACUUUUCAGAGGAAUGAAGAUCUUCUUUAGAAAGAAUAUUCUGGCUGUUGCUUUUCUGGGCACAAUUUUCUGAGAUGGCUUUUUGUCCGGUACAAAUGAUGGCUUGGCUGCUUGGGAUUGUUGGCAUGUUUGGAACGGUUAUUGUCACCCUGAUGCCUCAGUGGAAAGUGUCAGCCUUUACAGGAAACAACAUCAUAGUCUUUGAGACUAUUUGGGAAGGCUUGUGGAUGGUAUGUGUCAGUCACAUCAAGAAUUAUCAGUGCGAAUUCUACAAAUCCAUUCUGGCCCUUCCACCUUUGUUAGAUGCCGCCAGAGGAUUAAUGUGCACAGCUUGUGCGCUGUCAGUUAUUGCUUGUCUGACUGCUUUUGCUGGCAUGAAAUGCAUUCAAAGUCCAGGAAAUAAUGAACAAGUCAAAAGAAACAUUUUAUUCACAGCUGGAGCAAGUUUUUUCCUGGCUGGGGUUUUUGUGCUGAUUCCUGUUUCCUGUAUUGCCAACGAUAUCAUCGAGAAUUUUUACAAUCCAGAAAUCCAAGCUGCUCGGAAACGUGAAUUGGGAGCUGCUCUCUAUUUAGGCUGGAUCUCAGGUGCAUUUCUAAUCUGUGGAGGAAGCAUGUUUUGUGGUUUCUGCUGCUGUCCUGAAGAACCUGAAAUACAUCAGCAUUCAGCACCAUGCAGCCAAAUCAAGCCUAUGGCAAUGCGUUCCUAUGUAUGAUUCCUUAAGGUCUGCAUCCUGUACUUGCUGGGACGAAGAAAUUAAUUUGGGGGUCCUAACUUUAAAUCCAGGACAAUACAGUUAUGUAUAUCCAAUCAAUACCACUCAUUUAUAGAAACAGAUUUCCAUCUAGGAGUAUGGAACUUCUUUGGGCACUUCCUUUACUUAGCAAUGCAACAUGUAACAGUAUGAAGACAUUGUAUUUGCCGCAAAAGUGUCAGACUAUGUCCAUAAGGUAUUGUGUUUUCAAAGAAAGAAAAUUAGAUUCAAUUUGUUUUUUCCUAUUUUUGAAGUUCUCUUGAUCAGGAUGAAUGUUAUCACAUUUUGAUGUGAAAUGCAUGCUUAUAUAAAGAUAGUGGGAUACACACACACACAUACACACACACACACCCCUUUCAGUUACAUUGAAGCAUUUGUGCUUUCACAUGUUGAAACCUGAAAGCUUGCAGAUGAAUUUUAAAUCUGCUGAAAUUUCCUUCCUUUCAAAAUACUCUUGCUGAAUUUUUAGGAAAAAUCUACUAUAUUAUAGUUAAUAUCUAUUUUCUUUGUUUUUUCUUUUUAAUUUAUUAAUGUGAAAAGUAAAAAGUUUAUCAAGCCCUGAUUUAGUUUUUUUCUGACCUAAGAAUCCCUAGAUCUGUGGAUUUUAACUCCCAGGCAUAUGAAACUAACAUACCCAUUGCUAAGAAUUAUGGUUGUUAAUGCAGCUGAAAGGACCUAGGUUAGGGAAAAUUGGCUAAAUGGGUCACAAUAUUUUGCUAAUAUUUCUGUUUGAUGGGUCAUGAUUAGUUCAAAAAACACAGAGGAAACACAAAGGAGGUCAGUGUAUAAGAAUGGCCAGUACAACUUUAACAGAGAGAACAAUUGCAGAGCAAGUGUAUUAAAGAAAUGCAUUAAUUUUAAAAUUUGACAAAACUUAAUAAACGGGAAAAAGAUAUUAAAGAGUGUCCUUGUUGUAAGAGAUUUGAUUUUGUAUGUUAUGCCUGAUUAUAUUUCUUUCCUAAGUUCUAUUUGCUAAAUGACACCUCUUACAUAAAUAUAUGAGUAAAGGCCUGGGAUCUGGUGAAUAAAAAACCUUCGAGUUUCUGGAAAAGUACAAUUUUUGGUGCAGUGUAAAUUAUUAUUGGAUUUUCCCAGUUUUUGCCAAGAAACUUAUAGUGUGGCUUUCAGCAUUUGCCUGAUCAAUGUUCAACAAAUUUUUGUAUAACCUAUCUUUGUGAUUCUGUUCAGGACAAAAUAAAUACAUAUUAUGACGAAAAAGUUAAUAUAAACUACUAGCUCUAAUAGUAAAGUUUCCUGUCUGUCUGUCAGUCAGUCUAUCUGUCUGUCUCCAUCUCUCUCCAGGUUACUGUACAACCUAAAUUGAAAAUAUACACAAACCACACACUAUAUAUUACAGCACCUAAAUUAUGACCUUCUACAAGGUAAAGGUUUCCCUUGC